AUUUAAACCGAACGCUAGCCAACCGAAUGCAUUCCACCAUUUUAUAAAUCGUGGGCAAAUGGUGUUGCCGCCACAGCAUGUAUGCGGCGAGUGCGGCAAGGGGUAUAAAUGGAUGGACAAUCUGCGCCGACAUCAGAGAUUGGAAUGGCAGCCUGAUGAACGAGUAUAAUGAAGUUAAACCGAACGUUAGCCAUCAGAAUGCACCACCGCCUUUUAUAAAUUGUGGCCAAAUGAUGUGGCCGCCACAGCAUGUAUGCGAUAAGGAGCUGUGCAAUUGGUUAGUUGAACCGUUCGUAUCGCAAGAGCUCAAUGAGGGCAGCUUCGAAUUCGUGUCUGUCGAUUACGAUCCGACUACGAAGCGUAGGAGAAAGAAUCCUCAAAACUUGAAGGUUACCACGCUUAUCUGUGAUGAAUGCGGAAAGAACUUCUCGAGAAUCGACAGUCUCAAAAGACAUGUAAAGCUGUACUGUAAAACCAAGAGCAACCAAUUCGUGGCAACAAGUUGAAAAAAUCAUUGUCUCCGCGCAAUUACAUAAAGAGUGCGUCAUGCUCAUGCGCCUUAUUUAGUGAAAAGACAGAUAAUGUAUAUUAUAUAAUAUAUUAUAUAAUAUAUACUGUGCAUAUGAUAAACGAUCUAUUCUAGAUUGCUUUAAGUUUUUCUUAUUUCAUAAAAGUGCGUAAAAAGACUUUCUCAAAAGAGAACCUUCAAACAACACUUGAUAUAAUAUUACUUAUUGUUAGAUUGGAAUUAGUUAACGAUAAUUAAUCCUUUAUGAGACAAAUUUUUAAAAAACGAAAGCAUGAGCCUUAAUGAAAUGUCUUUUGCAUGUCUUUAUUAUAUAGAAUUAGGGAAACUAGUAUAUAAAGAUUUGUAGCAAAAUAGAGUAAAAUAAUUUUGUAUAAAAUGUAUUUCGAUAUAUUCUGUUCAAAAUAUUCUAUUUUAGGCCUGUUCAAGGAGGGGGGGCUUCUUGUGAUUUCUCCAUUUUUAAUUUCUAGAACAGCACUGAUGGAUUAUUAGUUACAUAUAUCGAGUGUAUAUCCUGUGUAGUAAUCUAUGCGCGAGAAUCGAUAUUCCUCUCAAUAAUUAAUUUAAAUUAUUUAGUCUCUUUUUCUCUUGAUUUAUUUUUAUUUGUUUAACGCUUCGAUGUAUCUAAAUUUUUUUUAUAUUCACAAAUUUAAAGUUGGUUUAAUUGCGCUGAUUUUGUUUUCGGGGGCAGGAAUUGCAACAAUCUUCGCCUCGUAUUUCUUCAAUUACUAAGGGCCAGUUUCACAAACGUUGGUUAACUGUUAACCAGAGUUCAGUCAACGCCCUAUC